UGUGCGAGCAGGGGGGCAUUGGAGGGGAUCACUUCCAUGGACCAUCUGUCUCCCUCGGCUCAACAAAGAAGGAGGACGCAGGAUGGUGUUAGUCCAUGUCGGAUAUCUGGUUCUCCCCGUCUUCGGCUCGGUUAGAAAUAGAGGAGCACACUUUACCAGGCACCAACACAGCCAUGCUACCUCCUGCCGACACUUUCACCUGGGCGCCCCGCAGGCGCCCAUCUCAGCAGAGUUUCCUUUAGGGCACGCCAGCCAGCCCCCUCAGACGGGCCUGGCCACCCACCUUCCCCCCGCGCACCACCCGCCCCUCACUGCCCUGCCCGCGGCCCCUCAGUUCCAGGACGUGUCGGGGCCUCCGUUCCUACCUCAGGCCUUACACCAGCAAUACCUCAUCCAGCAGCAGCUUCUGGAGGCGCAGCACCGCCGUAUUCUACCCCACUCCAGAAGAUCCCAGGAGCGUAUCCCCCUUAACCCUCACCGACUACGGUCCGUCUACGAGUACUCGCCUCCGCUCCACGUCCCCCAGCCAAUGACACAGCAGCCGAGGUACCUCGCUGAAGGCACAGACUGGGAUCUCAGCGUUGAUGCCGGCCCGCUCCCUCACCACCAGUACCACCUACAGCAGCUCCCGCAGCAUUAUCAGCACUACUUGGCCUCCCCCCGAAUGCACCACUUCCCCAGGAACACGUCCUCUGCCCAAGUGGUUGUGCAUGAAAUCCGAAACUACCCGUACCCUCAGUUGCACUUGUUGGCGCUGCAAAGUCUGAACCCCUCCAGGCACGCCACUGCGGUGCGGGAAAGCUAUGAGGAGCUGCUUCAGUUGGAGGACCGUUUAGGGAGUGUCAGCAGAGGCGCUGUUCAAACCACCAUCGAGAGAUUCACCUUCCCACACAAAUAUAAAAAGAGGAAGCCCCUGCAGUUAAAGAUUGGGGAGGAGGAGACGGACGUGGAUGAGAAGUGUACCAUCUGUUUAUCCAUGCUGGAGGAUGGGGAGGACGUCAGGAGGUUACCCUGCAUGCACCUCUUCCACCAAGGCUGCGUGGACCAAUGGCUGGCGACCAGCAGGAAGUGUCCAAUCUGUCGAGUUGACAUCGAGACACAGCUGAACGCCGACAGCUGAUGAGAUUUCACCCCCCCCCUCCAACUUGUUGGUAGUGGUUCCUGCUUUCUUCCAUCCACAAACACCCCACCCGCACCCCACCCGCCACAUCCCUCUCCUUUCUCAUUGGGUGCUUUUGCCAAAAUGUCUCCAGACUUUGAUGUGACAUCAUCGCUUUACUGAGCCAAACCAGGAAGUAGAAGUGCACGAGGACUCUUCUCUUAUCUCUUUUAAACACAAGCACAUCUCUCUGCGAGCGAGACACAAACCGUGGCGUCCACACAGGGUUUUUGUUGUAGCUUGCUGGUUCUAUACGUGGUUACCGUGCUGCUGCUGCUGCUGGUGUUGUUGUACUGUAGGCGCCUUCGGGCUGUGUAGCAUGUCCUGAAAGCCAUGACUUAAAUGUCCCGAGCACUCAAUACCCUGCAGUAAGCUGGCGACUGUCUCCCUCUCUUUCUGUGUGUCUCUCUCUCUCUCUCUCUCUAUAUAUAUAUAUAUAUAUAUAUAUAUAUAUAUAUAUAUAUAUAUUCAUUCUAUCUUCCUUCUUCCAUACAAGGAAGCUGAACAGAAAACGCCGUGUUUACCUUUAUAUGAUCGUAGAGUAGCAGCAACCAACGCGUCAUUUGUGGCGCACCGAUGCCUCCUUUGGGGCCCGAACGCCAUCUGUUUGAGUGUUUUUUAACAAUUCUAUCGUGCAGCUUUGACGUUGUGCAAUACGCUCAAGUAAAGUUGGAGGUACCGAGCCAAACAGAAAUUCAAGGAAAAGCUGGAAACUUUCCAUGGGAAUUAACAGGAAGAAUUAUUCAAUUAAGGAAAGUGGAUUUUAAAGUCCCAGAGAAAAUAUUCAAAUAAAAUGAGAAUUAUUUCAUGCACAUUUAGGUGUUGGGAAUUAUAGGUCGGUAUUUAUUUUGUUCAAUAUAAAAGGAAAUUACCGUCCAAAACAUACAUUUAAAAUGAUAAAUAUAUUAAAGUGAAUUUAAAUAAUGUAUACACAUAUUGGAGGUAAUUUAUAAUACACAAAUUUCCACUUAAUACAGUGUAUUAAAUACACCUUUAAAAUGUUAUGUUCAAGAAAAUACAUAAUUUUUUAAUAUUUAUUAUAAACAAACAUCCAAUCAAUUCUGUUGAAAUGAAUUUUAAAAUAAUGCAGUUGAUAAAUAUUUCCAGUAUUCUUCCAUUUAACUUCCCAUGGAAACUUUCAGGAGAGAUAUUUCACGUCCCCUCGUUGCCAAACAAAUUUUGCUACAUGGGUGUGCUUGCGUUGUUUGUGGUGAAAGUGCAUAUGGCCAAAAAAGUGAAAAAAGCCAAAAAAAACCCCAAACAAUAAUAAAAAUGGAAGCUAUCAUGCAGUGCAUUAGUAGUGUUUGCCGUUAGCAACUCCAACACUGAUGGUUGAUUUAUUUCAUGGGCAUACGGUGUUUACGUUCCCAAACUGGAUGAAUAAGUACAAUAGUGGCAAAGGCUUCUCAUUGGCUCCUAUUUGUGUGUUUUUUACGUAUUGAUCUAUUUGUGCGACAGACACCCCUGCACACACACACACACACACACACACACACACACACUCUCUCUCUCUCCCCCCCUUGUGGUUGCUAUGCUGGUUGCUAUGCUGUACUGCUGUAGAAUGUGGCGUGUGAUGGAGGCAGCCUCUCUCUCAGUGCACACAGACACAUUGGGUCAUUAGAAUUUAAAACGCGUGUCCGUGGAUGCCUUCAGGACCCCUCCCGAGCGUCCUAUACGCACUGUGAUGUAUACUAUGAGUAAAUCUUUCUGUCUUGUGCACUGCCAGUGUUGACACUGCCUCCUCGUCCGUGAUUGAUGAAGUGUUCAUAGUUUACACAGGGUGUUGUCCAUUGAGAUGCCUUAAGUAUUUAACAAUCAUAAUUUAUUACUAACUGUAGAUAUGGUGGCUAUUUAAUUGGAUUUUUUCCUCUCCUGUUGCUCCAAGGGAUGAAUCAUGAUUUAUUUAUGUGGAAAUAACACACAGAAAUGCUCGGAAAAAGCGAUUACCUCAUCUUUUUCUUUCUAGGUGGGAAUGCUUUGCAUGCAGCUUGAACACUAAAGGAAUAUUUAAAAUGAUAAUAAUAAUAAUAAUAAUAAUAAUGAUGAUGAUAAUAAGCACUGCUGUUCCAUGUGGUGCUGUGAAUCUCGCUUACAUUCCAUCCCAUGCAACACUUCCCAAUGCUGUGACAUAGUGGACAAACUGGAUUGGAGUGGGCUGCUUUUCAGUUUGUGUGUUUUUAUUGGUACUCUUCUUUUGCACUCAUGUGUGGAGAUAAGGGAACCCUCUCACUGGCAACAAAAUGUACUUUUUUUUGGAUGAUUUGUAUUACCGAGAGGAGUGGGUUUUUUUGGUGACACUCUACGUCUUAACUCAUUAAAAAAAUAAAAAAUAGUGCCUCGUCGUAGCGUUAGGAGCUAUUUCCAUGUGAUUUAUCAAAAAUUGGAUUAAUGGAUUGAGCCAAGUUAAAAAAAAAAAAAAAAACGCGUACCAAAUAUAACAUGGUGUUUUUUCCCCAGAGAAAAAAGGCUAAAAAAAAGAUGUGUCGUCUUAUAUUUGGGUUUUAGAGAUUUAUCCCCACAAAAUGCGAGUUAAAUAAGCAGCAGAAUAAGCGUUAGCUUUUCCAAAAACAAAGAACACAGCAGCAAUGUGGUCAGCUCCGAUAUGUAGUGUUACCUUUCGGUCGUGUCCUAAUCUAUUUAUUACCCGGCGAGUAACUUGCCAGUGUGCUGUGGCACUACACCAGUAAAAAUAGUUCUUCAGUGUAACAAUAAUAAUAACAAUGCACACAGCAGCAGCAAUGAAAACAAGGUGUAAUUUUUUGAGCAUAACGUCAAAAUAAAGAUUUUUUUUUUACGAGAAUAUGAAAUGAGGAAAAUCAUGUCAGUUUUGCAGCACACUGUUGAAAUAUUAAAGAAGUGUUUUUUUAAGGGUUGCAGUAUGAGAAAAAAGCUAUUUUGCUAAAUCAGGUUGUGGAAAAAGUUGUAAGAUUACGGGACUAAAGUCAUUAUAUUAUGAAAGUAAAUCAAUUUAGUAUUUUUUCUUAACGUUUUCCAAUAGCCAACCUGAAUAAUUUCCCCCAAAAUGGCUCUUGAAAAAGCGUUUCGGUUAGUCAUUUUGAAAAUACUUUGAGAUUUCUUGAUAUCCCGUGGAAAUAAUUCUAACAACAAAGAGGCACGUCUUUUGCUCCCCCCUCCAUUUUUCACUCUCUCCUCUCAGUUUCCUUUCAAAGUGUACGGAAGACAAGGUUUCUAAAGCACAACUGUUUAAAAAAACUGCAUGUUUUCUCAGGUUUUAAUGCACUGGUUCAAUGGAAUAUGGUUGAGGUUUAAUAUAGGAACAAUAUAACAGUACCGAGUAUUGAUUUUGUUGCUGCUUGAACAAGAAGAAAAUAGCCCAAAAAGUGCCAGUGAAAGGGCUGCCGCCAUCCUUGUGUGCGCGCGCGUGUGUGUGUGUGUAUAAAUCUGCUGUUUUAGCCGUGACUGCGCAAUGUUUUUCAAUAUAGGAUAUUUUAUCUGAAAAUAGAAUUAUUUAUCAUUAAUAUUAAAGCAAUAGCGCAUUAAUGGUGACGAGUGUGUGGAUGAGCAAAAUACUUGUUAGAUUCACGUGUGGUGGAAUUUUUGUACUUUAUUUAUUCUUACUACUAAUAAUGAUCAUUUCAAAAGUGGCAUUGCUAAACGCAAACUGUUUUUUUUUUUAUUAUUUUGGAGUUGUUUCAUGGCUUGUAUAUUAUCCUUUUGUAUGUCCUCUUUUUGUAAUAAAUUC